AAACAUCGCGAAUCUCCCCAAUCCACAAUCCUCUCCCAACCCAAGGAAUAACCAUAAAGAAAGCAGCAAAUACACAACAGGAACCUCUUCACAAUGGCUUCCUAUUUGGCAAGUAUCUUUGGUACUGAGCAGGACAAGGUCAACUGCUCCUUCUACUACAAGAUCGGCGCCUGCCGGCACGGCGACCGCUGCUCCCGCAAGCAUGUCAAGCCUUCGUACAGCCAGACGAUCCUGAUGCCGAACCUGUACCAGAACCCAGCCUUCGACCCCAAGAACCGCAUGAACCCCUCGCAGCUGCAGAACCACUUCGACGCCUUCUAUGAGGACGUCUGGUGCGAGAUGUGCAAGUACGGCGAGCUCGAGGAGCUCGUUGUCUGCGACAACAACAACGACCACCUGAUCGGCAACGUCUACGCCCGCUUCAAGUACGAGGAGUCUGCCCAGAAGGCCUGCGACGACCUCAACUCGCGCUGGUACGCCGCCCGACCCAUCUACUGCGAACUCAGCCCCGUCACCGACUUUCGCGAGGCCUGUUGCCGCCUCAACAGCGGCGAGGGCUGUGUCCGGGGCGGCUUCUGCAAUUUCAUCCACCGCAAAAAUCCUGGCGACGAGCUCGACCGCGAGUUGACCCUCGCCACCAAGAAGUGGCUCAAGGACGGCGGCAGAGAUAACAAGACCCCUUCGAGGAGUCCCAGCCCAGAACCUACAAGGCGGAGAUACUAA